AUGAACUCCAACUUGACUCAGUUGUUGCAACAACUGAAUAGCACUCUUCACUUGACUUCCCAGCAACUGAUGUCCAUUGAGAUCCAAGAGUUAGCUUUGUUGAAGCAUUUGCCAGAUUCCGUCUCUCAAUCGUCAUAUUUCAUCCCUGUCAAUAUUUUUGUUUUCGUGUUGUUAACAUUGGGGCUAACUUACGUGUUCAUUUACCGAAAGGUUUCCCCUGAUAACGACAAACCCAUUAAGUUUGAGUGGGCUACUCCAGAUGAGGCUAAACCUCACUGGAAAGGGAAAAGGUUGUACCCAACUGGAGUAAGAGCUAGUGAAGACCCUUCGAUGAUCCAGUGUUAUUGUCCAGCUACAGGACAGUUUUUAGGUAAAUUCAAAGCUUUUGCCCCAGAGGAUAUAGAUAAUGCUAUCAGAGAGAGUCAAAUUGCUCAGAAAGAAUGGAAGAAAACUACCUUCAGCCAGAGAAAGAAAGUCCUUAGGACUUUGAAUGAGUAUAUAGCCAAUAACCAAGAAGGGAUAGCCAGGGUCGCUUGCAGAGACUCUGGAAAAACGAUGAUCGAUGCUUCAAUGGGAGAGAUUCUGGUCACAUUAGAGAAACUUAACUGGAUCUUGAAAAAUGGAGAGAAAGCUUUGAAAGUCUCUUCAAGACCUGGUCCUGCCAAUAUACUCAUGCAAUAUAAGAAAGCUGAAGUGAGAUAUGAGCCUUUGGGGGUAGUGGGAGCCUUAGUCAGUUGGAACUAUCCAUUUCACAACCUUAUGGGCCCAUUGUUGGCCAGUAUUUUCACUGGAAAUGCAAUUGUCAUCAAAUGUUCAGAGAACGUCUAUUGGAGUUCUCGAUGGUUCAUUGGAUUGGCAAAGAUGGCACUGAAAGUUUGUGGCCACGAUGAAAACUUGGUACAGUUGGUUUGCACGUGGCCAGAAGAUGCUGACUACUUCACUUCCCAUGAAUCCUUAUCUCAUCUGACAUUUAUUGGCUCUAAACCGGUAGCACAUAAGGUGCUGGAAGCGGCUUCAAAAUCACUGACUCCUGUGGUUGUUGAACUGGGAGGAAAGGACUCGAUCAUUGUCUGUGAUGAUGUUAUGGAUGUUGAAGCUAUCUCUUCAAUCAUACUAAGAGGAACCUUUCAAAGUGCUGGACAAAAUUGUAUUGGUAUAGAGAGGGUAAUUGCCAUGCCCAAAGUAUAUGACCAACUGGUUCAGAUCCUAUCACAUAGAGUGCAAGAAUUGAGACUCGGAUCUGAUAUCGAUCAAUUGGAAGAUAUUGACAUGGGUGCCAUCAUCACCGAUGCCAGAUUUGACGCAAUGGAGAAAUUGGUCGAAGAUGCUAUCUCAAAAGGAGCCUGUUUACUGUCAGGGGGAAAAAGAUACUUGCAUCCUAAUUAUCCCCAAGGUCAUUACUUCCAACCUACAUUGCUCAUUGAUGUGACUUCUGAUAUGGAUAUUGCUCAGAACGAAGUAUUUGGUCCGAUCCUGACAAUGAUGAAGGUAGACGAUGUUGAAGAAGCAAUUCGGGUGACGAAUGACACCCCGUAUGGAUUGGGAUCUUCUAUUUUUUCCCGAAGUUUCAAGACCGCAGAUUACAUUGCAAACAAUAUUGAAAGCGGUAACGUGGCUAUCAACGAUUUUGCAACAUUCUAUGUUUGUCAACUACCAUUUGGUGGAGUGAAGAAAUCAGGGUAUGGUAAAUUCGGAGGUGAAGAGGGUCUACAAGGCUUAUGUGUUGCCAAGUCAGUCUGCUACGAUAGAUUCUCAUUCAUCAAUACACAGAUCCCUAAACCGUUGGAUUACCCAAUUGCCAAUGAGAAGAAAGCCUGGAAAUUUGUCACAGCUCUUAACAAAUGCGGUUAUCACAAUAGCAAAUGGGAAAAAGUGAAAAGUUUGUUUCAGUUAGCUAGAAACGCAAACUAA